CGCGCUUUGGAAGAAGCCGACCACGGCGCGCUUUUUCUGGCAAUCCAACAAUACGCAAAAAUAUUAUCGGAAAAUAUUCAUACAAGUGUUUGAAAAAUUCAAAUUUGCCAAAACUGUUUAAGGUUUUCUCAUUUUUGACUGCUGCCAAGUGGCCAAUAAGCAUUUUCUAAAUAUUAGUGGCAAUAAAUUUAAAUUAAUAAGUUGUGAGUAUAAACAGUCAAUUUUUGCAACCAAAUACUGCAAGUGAAAAUGUAUGCAUUAACGAAUAAAAGCUUUCGAAACAAUUGCCAAAGUUUGAAAACCGCCCAAGUUCCAGCUUCGUUGAUGUUUAGAAGAGUGCCAUAAUGGGCCAACAACUUCGAAAAAAAUCCCUUCCAAUGACUGACGUGUGAAAUAAUGGACCUGGACCAGAACCUCUCCUGUGAUCCAGAAUACGGAAACUAUUCAACGAUUUUCGGUGUCACAGACAUUCCACAAUGGGAGGGAGUGCUGAUUAUUCUAACUCUCGGAUUUCUCAUUCUCCUGACCGUCGUUGGCAACAUCUUGGUGAUUUUAAGUGUUUUUAUGUACAAACCGUUGCGAAUAGUGCAGAACUUUUUCAUAGUAUCAUUAGCAGUGGCCGAUUUAACUGUAGCCAUUCUCGUGCUGCCACUGAAUGUGGUUUAUUCAGUGGCGGGUCAAUGGAUUUUCGGAAUCCAUUUGUGUAAAAUGUGGCUGACUUCGGACGUGAUGUGUUGUACAGCUUCGAUUCUGAACCUUUGCGCUAUAGCUUUAGAUCGGUUCUGGGCCAUUACUGAUCCGAUUAACUAUGCUCAGAAAAGGACUCUGAAAAGGGUGCUCAACAUGAUAGCCGCAGUGUGGGUGCUAUCCUUGCUCAUCUGCUCCCCUCCUUUAGUAGGUUGGAACGAUUGGCCUGAUAGUGAGGAAUUUUUGGAGAAAAAAGAAUGCAAGUUAUCCUCGCGACAGGGCUAUGUGAUCUAUUCCGCCUCCGGUUCCUUCUACAUUCCCUUGGUAAUCAUGACCAUAGUGUAUAUUCAAAUUUUUAUUGCAACAAGACGAAGGUUGCGAGAACGUGCCAAAGCAUCGAAAAUUAACGCUAUUUCUAAAAGUCAGUCUAAACGAAGAACAGACGCGGAUCGGGAUAGCAUGAGCAGCGCUGAGACCAAUCACAACGAACACACUGAAAUUAAUUGUAAAAGGGAAAGGAAACGAAGCAAGAAAAAGGGGAGCAAUGAGGAAAUGAAGCAAUUGAAGCCAAUUUUGAUACAUGAGGACUCUGCCACAGAUCUAGGUGAAAACUCAACAAUCUCCCACAAGAAUGGCGGUGAACCAAAAGACCAAAUUGUAAAUUAUGCUAAAAACUCCAGUCUCACUGUAGUCAACUUUAAAGACAAAAAUUCGGAAUCGAGAGUGGUAGUAAUUGAACCGCCAAAAAAACCUGCUGGUGUUUACCAGUUUAUAGAAGAAAAACAACGAAUCAGCCUAUCAAAAGAAAGAAGAGCAGCUCGGACUCUGGGGAUCAUUAUGGGAGUCUUCGUAGUGUGUUGGUUGCCCUUUUUCCUCAUGUACGUGAUUGUGCCCUUUUGUCCUUCUUGCUGUCCUUCAAGGAGGAUGAUUAAUUUUAUAACAUGGUUAGGGUACAUCAAUUCCGCACUGAAUCCUGUAAUAUAUACUAUUUUUAAUAUGGACUUUCGAAGAGCUUUCAGGAAGCUCCUGGGUAUUCCAGGAUCAAGCUAAGUGGUAGCAAGCGUAAAAGCAACGAAAGCAGAUCAAAAGUAAAUUUUGAAAGUACAAAUGGUUAUUAGAAGCUAGAUGGUUGGGUAGUUGUAAAUGAAAAUAAAAUUGUUGGGAUUUUACGGUCUAAGAUCAGGCUUUCCAUAUUGUAUUAAUAUAAUAAUUGAGGUAAUUGUCUUGGGACAUGGUGAGGCCCAGUACUAAUUCAUAGUGAGUAUUUAAACAAACAAUGCGAUUACGCUAAAUGGUUUUGUUAAGUACAACUUAGCUAGGAACAAAUGUUACUAAAUUCUUGAAUAAUUAAAUUAAAUAAAUAUGUGGUUUGACAAUUUUAGCAAUUCAAGGAAAGGGCUGUGCUGCAAUCUUUCAAUAUUUUCCUUGUAUUUUUCAAGAUAUGACUGAAUCAACUUUGUUUUUCAAAGUUGUACUUUUGUUUUCCAAUUUGCUAAUUAAAGAACUAUUUAUUAUUUUGCUCCUUAGGGCUUGACAAUCUUAAGUCUGAUAUUGGUGGGUUUUAUAGCAGAAAAUAAUUUUUCCCUGACGUUUCGCCAGCACGAGUCGUUUGUAUUUUCAGACAUAUUUCGCUCAAAAGCUUACACUGACUCUCAUCAGUCCUGAACAACUGGACAAUGAGUUCUGCAUAAUAAUGUCAAUCAGGGUAAAUUUGUAAGCAAAAUAUCUGUGAAAAUGCAAGAUGCUCGUUCUUAGUCAUCAGGAAAACAAUAUUAUUUUUCACGACAGCCCAAAGGCCAAAAAUACUCGCCGAUUUCAAACAAUGUUCGCGAAAGCCAAACUUUUUAUUUAUGACUUCAUCAAACUGAAUCCAUUUAUAAUUGUUAUAUUAAUAAUUUGUUGUUGUUCGUAGUUUUUAUACUAAGCAUAAAUUUGAUUUUUUCAUUAUAUUUUAAUAUAAUAAUCGGCCGUUUGGAAAUUACAAUUGCAAAAUUUGAGACAUAAUCAAAAAGUAUUCUGAUCAUGAACUGGAGCAAAGUUCUAAACUUAAAAAUUCAAUCAAAAUGGAUACAAUUCAAGCAAUAUCGAUAAAAACAUGUUUCCUUCUAUAGUGUUUUCAAAUUCAAAGAAUCUGAAAAUAUAACAUACAGACAAAAAGCAUAUUUCAACGCAUUUUUAAAUAAUACAUAAUUAGCAAUCAAAAUUAAAAUUGAUCCGUAAUUAAAAAAAUUUCAAUUAAGUCCGUCGUCAACUAGGAAGUGUUGUCCCGUUUUGUGUUCGAGACUGAGAUGUAAAUAAUAUCGUUUUAAGGAAAUAUUUUAUGUAAUAUUAUAAGAAUGUUGUAGCUAAGAUCGUUCACUACUUACGACAUUGUAGUGGUAGCUCAAGAUAUUUCCAGACAAUUAUGAGCCCUACUUUUCUGGAAAUAUUUUUAUAAACAUAGUUGUAGCGGCUUUUUCAUUUCGUUUCGCCGUUGUUUCGUAAUUGUAACAUAUCAACAAUAGCGUGGGUGUUAAAAUGAAGUAUUAUGUUUUAUAUUUAAAAUUAAUAUAAUAAAUUUGAUGCUAAA